UUUUGACUGCAGCACGUGAGCCCCAUCCGCGGUACAUGGAGUUCCAGCGCGAGCAGCUGAGGGGAGAUGUCCAGGAAAAGAGCCGCAGAGUCGGUGUCGGUGCCCAGCAGCACCCCGGAGAGGAAGCGGGCCUGCUGGGGCGUUCUGAUCAGCCAAGGGUCGUGGGCAGAUCGCUCUCCGCUCCAUGACGCAGCGUCUCAGGGUCGCCUGCUGAUCCUGCGCAGGCUGCUGGCUGAGGGAUAUCAAGUAAACAUUAAGACCAUCGACCAAGUGACGCCCCUCCAUGAAGCCUGUCUGUCUGGACACGUGGCAUGUGUCAGGGCGUUGCUAAGUGCUGGAGCUAAUGUGAAUGCUGCCACCAUCGACGGCGUCACUCCCCUGUAUAACUGCUGUGCAUCAGGGAGCGUCGGGUGUAUGGAGCUGCUGCUGCAGAAUGGAGCGCACAUGCACACACUUCACACACACUUCCCUUCGUCUAUGCAUGAAGCCUGCAGGAGAGGGAACAGCCAGUGUGUGGAGACCCUUCUUUCUCAUGGAGCAGAUCCAGACUGCCAGGUCCCCCACCUGGGCUCCCCUCUCUACGUGAGCUGCCUGCACCGACACGCAGCCUGCUCAAAGGUUUUGUUGGACAAAGGAGCCAGUGUUAAUGCAGGGAAAGGCGGGGAAAGUCCUCUGCAUGUAGCUGCCAGACAGGACAGCACAGAUCUGGUGUCGGUUUUACUCGACCAUGGCGCUGAAACCAAGCUCAGAGACGGAAACGGCCAGCGGCCUUUAGACCUCGCUCCGCCUGGUGGAGAAACACACCAGCUGCUGGUGGCAUUCGAAGCGUCCCCCAGGAGUCUCUGCCAGCUGUGCCGUCUCCGGAUCAGGACCGUGAUUGGGCGAGCCAGACUCAAGCAGCUUCCUCUCCUCCCUCUUCCUUCACUUCUCACUCAAUAUUUGGAGCACACAUAGAGCCAUAGGCUGCAUGCUCUCUUGUAGUUUUGUGUCUCCAAUGCAAAAACAGAAAAUGUUGGCAAGUAUUUUUGGUCUAGUUUCUAGUGCAAAUAUCUCAGUACACCUGAAAUAAGACAAAACUGACUUAGAAGUAACUUUUUAGUACAUUUUCAGCAAGAAGUAGCAGCUUCUUCUAUGUAAGUUCGUAAUAUUAAUGAAAAAGUACUAGUGAUAAGUACUUCAAGACAUUUUUCCCAUGUUAUUUCACUCAUAACUAGUACUU